AUGCCCGCCCUACUAGAAGACCCCGCAUCCCACAACCCCCCACCCCAAGCACACAUCCAAGCAGCAAACACACUGACCCCCCGCCACACAACCCUCCCCAAGUCCGACUCCGCAGCUGUAACCCUGUACCCAAUCACCAAUGGACCCUCCAGCAUUCCACAGGACUUAGUUAAGUACCUGCACGCGGAGUUCAGUGCGGAGAUUGAGCGCGGCACCACCUACCCCAUGGAAAAGGCGCUGGGGCUCCAGCAAUUCGCGGAGUACUGGUUCGGCACAUUUGCGGUUGUGGCUAUUCUUGAUGACGAGGGUGAUGCUGCUGCUGAUGGGCUGCGGGAGGGACGGGACUGGGCUAAGGUCUGUUUGGGAACCUUUUAUAUUAAGCCCAAUUAUCCUGGCCGCUGCUCCCAUAUCUGUAAUGCUGGCUUUAUCACAACUAACGUGGCACGCGGGAAGGGUGUGGGCUUUGCUAUGGGCGAGACUUAUCUCGAGUUUGCGCCGAAAUUGGUACGUAUCGCACAAUUACAUCCUGAGGUCUCUUGCACCAGUGCAUCUAUGUGUAUAACAGCAGUACAUAUGAUUAUGGACAACGUUAACGUCGCCGUGCAGGGAUACAAGUACUCAGUCUUCAACCUAGUCUUUGCGAACAACCCGGCUUCUAUCCGUAUCUGGGAGAGGCUAGGCUUUAGCGUUAUCGGGCGAGUUCCCAAGGCGGGGCGGUUGGAUAAUAGCGAGGAAUUGGUUGAUGCGCUGAUUUUUGGACGGGAAUUGGGUAAUUAA